CUAUUUUUAUUCUCUCUUCACAAACUCUUCAGCCUUCGCUAUCCAAACAAGAGAAAUAUGGUACAUCUCUUCUAUUUCUUUCUCUCUUCACUAACCCUCUCUUCUCUUCUUUUAACUCUUUCAAACCAAACAGAGUGUUAAUCACUAGAAUUGAAUGCGUAGAAAUGUGAGGGAGUUGGCUAUAUAAACACACAUUUAACGGUGGUUUAGGAGGGAAAAACUUUGCUUGAUCACGGUUUAGCAAUAACCAUAGCAAACUUUUCCCCCAAAAUCAUCCGUACACAAAGAUUUUUCAUAUAUAAACCCAAAUCACUCCACCUUCUUCUCCAAAUCACUCCACCAUUCCUGACUCUACCUCUGUUCUUCCAUUUUUUGCUUUGAUUAAGCAUCUUCAGGCGCCCACCGAUGAAUGUGUUAAGAAGCCGUUGUUGUUUGAGCACGAGGUUGAGAAAGGUUAUCCAAACAACAUUCACCACCCUGCCUUGCUUCUCAACCACCUCUGCCGCCUUCUGCCGAGAUCAGUCACCGGAAAAGGAACGACAGCGUCGGUUGGAGUUACCGAAGGAGCUUACGAAAAAUGUCAUUCAACUGUCUUGUGACUCUAUGGAAAAGGGAGGUGUUUGCGAUGUCUACCUUGUUGGCACCUUUCAUGGAAAUAAGGAAUCAAGCAAACAAGUUGAGGAAAUUGUGAAAUUUCUGAAACCAGAGAUUGUUUUCUUGGAAUUGUGCUCAGAUCGUCAGGAAGUGCUUUUGCAUGACAACAUGGAGGCACUUACCAUGGGAGAAAUGAAUGAUGCAAUGAGGAAGGAAAAAUAUAGCAUCUUUCGAAUGGUUACUAGCUGGUUGGAUGCCGAGAUUGACAGUAGGUGUGACGGUUAUCCUUUUGCUCAGUUUCGUUCGGCAUAUAAAGAAGCAAUCAAAUAUAGUGGCAUAGUGGUACUUGGUGAUCGCCGUUUAGAGAUUACAUUAAAGAGAACAUGGAGUAAGCUGCCACUUUGGCACAUCCCAAAAUUAUUGAUUGCUUGUUUCCCAACUCUUCCGUGUGAUUGAAUGGUGUAUAAGAGAUUUCCAACCAUAAGGGAGGCCAUGGUGCAUGAAAGAGAUCGGUACAUGUCCCACACAUUAUUAACAGUGGCAAGGAAGAGCAGAACAGUUGUCGCUGUUGUUGGAGAGGGGCAUCUAGAAGGAAUAAAGAAGAAUUGGAAGCAACCUAUCGAGAUCCAGGAGCUUCAGGAGCUCUGUACAAUUCCACCUCCCAAACCAGCUAUCCCUGCGAUGAGACUCUUUGCAAUUCUUUGUAUUGUUGUGGCUGGGGUGACCAUAAUAUCAACCAUCUAUCAUUAAAUGCAAAGAACAACUUCCCUAGGUUUUGGGAGUAUCUGCAGCUUUUGGUUUUCACGUCAAGCAGAUUCCUAGUGUGUAGUAUAGUAUCGACUUCUUGAUUGGGAGAUUAUUAUUGUUCAGCAGCGGCAGCAGCAAUUAUUCUCGGACAUUAACCAAAUUAUUUAGUGUUGGUUGGGAUAUUUUUUCAUGCAUAGCAGUGAAUUCUCACCAUGUUUGUCAACGAGGGAUAUGGUUUCAGGUUCUGUUUUGUAGGAGGUUGAGGAAUUACUUUGAAUUUUGUGGUGAUUGUUGUUAAACCUGCAAAACUGUAACUCGGUAUUAGUUAACUUGAGCUUUAGCUACACUAUUACUAUAGUGUAUGGUACAUAGAGUGAGUAAUCUAACCAUAUAGUAGUUAGUGCCAGCUGUUAAUUGGUAGGAAGAUCUAAUAGCUAGUUAGAACAAUGACUUCUAUAUAUAGAUGAAAUGUAACAAACUCGACACAAUUCGAUAAACAGUUUUCAUUUUCUCAGAUUUCUUCUUCUUCCCUAAGUUA